AUUGGAGCAGCUUGGUCGCACAUUCACGCUUACAUACAUACAUAGCAGUUAUAAUACACAGAAUCAGUGAGCUUUUUAUCGAUUGUCUGCUUUCCUGCAACAUCGAUUAAUUCAAUCCACAUGCAAUCGUGAUGUCGGCGCUCUCCUUUCUUCGUUCCCAGCUUUUUGUGAAGCUUCCUGUGCCCAGCUAUGAUUUCACAGGCCAGACCGUUCUCAUAACCGGAGGAAAUAGAGGUAUAGGCUUUGAAGCUGCCCGCCACGUGCUUCGCUUAAAUGCCGCACAUGUCAUCAUCGCCGUGCGAGCCCUGGAGGGCAGCGACGAAGCGGUUGCAGAGCUGGAGAAAUCUACCGGGCGGCAAGGCGUGGUGAGCAUCUAUGAGCUUGAAAUGCUGGAUCAAAAGUCAGUGGAAGAAUUUGCAGCCAAGAUGCAGACUUUGGAUCGUCUGGAUGCUGUAAUCCUGAACGCUGGCAUGUUCACCCAGGACUUUGUACUUGCUGAGGGCUACGAGAGCACGUUGACUGUCAACGUGAUCAACACCUUUUUGCUAGCGAUUCUCCUCCUACCAGUUUUGAGAAGCUCUGCUCAGAAGUGGAAAAUCUCGCCGCGACUCACGAUAGUUGCGUCGGAUCGGCAUGUCAUGGUGAACCUACCGGAGUCAAAAGAGGGCAAUACAUUCCAAGUGCUAAGUGACAAGCGAAAAGCAAAGAUGAACCAGCGCUACUUCACAUCGAAACUUCUCCUGAUUUUGCUUGGCAGGGAGCUGGCGAGCCAACUCGUUCGUCCCAAUCACAGUUUGUCAAGUCCCGACCCGUGCAUCAUUGUGAACUUCCUCACUCCCGGCUAUUGUAUUUCUGGACUCACUAAGAAUUCCCAUUUUCCUGUGAGUUUUGGCUUUUGGGUCAUGACCAAGACAGUAGCCCGCACGACUGAAGAAGGGGGGAGAACUCUGGUGGCAGGUAUUGUGAAAGGCAAGGAAAGCCACGGGAAAUACCUUAAUGAUUGCGAAAUAGAUGAUUCUGCGCUGUCUCCAUUCGUGAGGAGCGAUGAUGGAGCCCGUACACAGAAAAAGGUAUGGGCAGAACUGCUGGAGAUAUUGGAGAACAAGCACCCAGGAAUCAGUUCUUUGAUCAGCGAAGCAUAGAUUGUAACUCUAGCAGAUAAUAACUUGAAAUAAUUCCAUCUACGUUCAAUUUGGC